CCGCCCGUUUCUCUCGCUGCUCGCUUUGAUUUGGUCUCGGUGGCUCUGGUGCAGUGACAUGGGAAACGAGGGGCAGUCUCAAGUCUGCCGACUUGUAGAGGGCACUCGAAUCUGCCGGCUUGUACCGAAGCAGAAGCAAAUUGGAAUGUUUAGACAGCCAGACGUGGCCCUAAGGAGUGGCAGCAUUUGUUUAUGCUGUGGAUGAGUAAUUUGGUCAGCAAAUUAGAACUGCCAUCCUGGAAGCCUCUUACGAGCAUCGUGUGGUAUCGGUUGUGCGACCGCAUGCCGGUAUGAUGCUCUUCUAGAUCGAAAGGGGUGGGGUCCGAAAUCAGGAAGGGUGUUGCGGUGCAAGGUUUAGCUCCAUAUGUUCCCAGCCGUGGCAUGGCCACCAACCCUCCCUGCUCGUGCCAAGCUGCACAAACCACCUCGGUGGCACAUUAGACAACAUGUUCAAUAAGAGAUCAGACACUAUGAUCGAUGGAUCUGGAAAAAUAAGCAGUUUGUCCAUUAAGCUGCUGGCUUUAUCAGAUCCUUGUUGCCACAGGGGUGGUGUGGUAGGAUUGUUUCGGGAAAGCGUAAUGUGUGAAUGGAUUGACUCCAAGGCAGACCAUUGAGAUUGCUCUUCGGGCUCCCGUCGAUGAUGUCUUGGAUCGGUUGAUCUGUUGUGGCCGGUCUGGAGCGAUUCCGGGCCGGUUCGAGGCCACAGCCUGCACUCUCCCAACCGGACAUGUGCCGAGGAUGGCGGCGGCAACGUACAGUCCUUAGUCUUCUUACCUUAAAUCAAUGCUUGCUCUUGGUCUUAAAACUGAAGGGUUUCCAUGUGGAUUUUUUUUGGUUUAGUUGCUUCGAUCCACGCUCUCGGCGGAGCUACGGUAGAGAAAAACGGGGCGUGCACUUUUAGAGAUAUGUAGAUACGUAUGUAAUGGUACAGUGAAGUGAAUGGGUAAGCCUAUUUCACAUUUACAAGGUGCCAGCAGGCACUGGACAAUGUGGCACAGUCAAACUUGUCAGUAUAGUGAUGUCAAUUUCCUCUCAUCAAAGUAUAUAUCAGCACCACAUGUGACUGUUGCAGUACUGCGAGUGUACUACAACUUUGCUUCUCUAUCCCAGUCUUUCUUAUGCAGAGGUGCUAUAGUGCUGGGAGAACAUUUUAUUGCUUUAGCGUGCCCUCCCUAGGGUAAUAUGAGGAGGAACUGGCCCUUGAGGGUGUAUAUGCCCUCGCGUUUCUGGUUCGAGGCUCGUCGCCUGCUGUUGGGGGAGGGCAGGCUGGGUCCCCUAGAAGAGAGGCGUGCGCAGGAGCACGUCUGGCCUUUGACUAAUGCCUGUCGUUCAAUUUUUUCCCUCCUCCUUCAAGCCACGGCUGCGGCAGAGUUUCCGUCUCUGGGCUACUGGGGCACAGCUUUUUGUUAGAAAGAUUAGGUGGGGGCUCUCUGGGGUGGGGGGAGUGAAGAGGGGGCACGAAAUCGGAGUGUACCGCCCACCCGCGAAAGGAAGUUCUCGUCCUUGGCCCCCCCCACGUGCGCGUGAUGGACAACAAGGCAUUUGUCCUCUCUGCUUGGCCUUACACUCUGAAACGUGCAAAAACCCGCGGGGCUGUGGCGCACCUUCGCGACAUGUGGCGGGACAGUACAACAUGAGCGUGAGCUUUGUAGUGCCGCAAUAUUUGUUGCAAAGGCACGCUACUUUAGCUUUUUAGCCACAAGCUCGUGGUGAAGUCUCUUGCAUUUGUUUUAUUAAUAUUUGCCAACAGCUGCUACCUCUCUUACAAAUUAGUCUUUCAUAUCCGAACUCGCUGCCGACAUUCGUCAAGUAUGAAAAACAUCGGACAACGAUGUAGCAGUCACAAUUUCCCCGCAUCGUCACAGCUUCAUAACAUUGGCGCAUGAACAAGUAGUAGAUCGAGAUUGAGGGCCUACAAAGGUUUUAAUGUACGGGCAGUUUUGGAAAUUGGUUCACAAUUGGAGCCCUUCUAGCAGGUGGAAUACGGGCAUAACGACACGAUCGUGUGACAUUAUUGCAGGUGCAGUUACCUUGGCAGGAACACAGAAACGUUAUAUUUUUAGUCGCUCCUUCUGGUGCAAACAUAGGGCUAUCUUCAGGGCCUCCGUGUUUCUUAGUAUAUGGGAUUCCAAAUCAUACCAAAGAAAGGGACAGCGCUAAAGAGAGGUGAACGGGGCAACUGUAUUCUGGAAGAGGCCUAAAGAAUUGAGUUGGUGUCGAAACGCCACUUAAGAAAAAUGGUCCUCCUUAUCAUUUGUUGUGUAAUGGAAACCGUUCCCUCACUAAUUUGCGGAAACUGCGCGGCGUUUCGGAAGAGAUUCGCGGGUGUGCGGUGCAUCCCGUCGAGGGGGCCCCCCACGAGGCUGACAGGCUGGGCUGUAAGGAUCAGAGAAGAGUGCGGGGCGGGGUCGGGAUUGGGGGCAGCCCCGCGCGUGUUCCUCGAGAAGGGUAUGUAUUGGGGUUGGGCUGCCCCCCUGGUGGAACGGGGCGAACCAGAGGUACGGCACCUGGAACACUCAUCCGAUCGGUGCCUUAAACGCUUCCUCUUUCUUGGUACCUCCGCUUCCGCAAACGACGCCAUGCCGGUGUCGUGCCCUUGCCCAUCGCGAUCCCCCCUGGUAGUGGAGCAGCAGAGGGAGAUGAGGCAAACACCCGUCUGCCGUGGGUCGCUCUCCAUCUUGACGGUCCGCAAAGCUUCGGCAUUUUGAAGUUGGGACGCCGGGACAGCAGUGACGCUCCAAAUCACUCUUCGUCUUUGCCGGAAUUUAGUGAUAACAGUAAUAAACUUUAUUUUCGUCAAGUUUGGGGAGGGGGAAAAUACGAGAAAAAAAAAGCUGCACUGUGCAGCUUGACUAAUCCUCGGACCCAUAGAGGUAAGAAGCUUCUGAAGGUGACACAAGUCUACCAGAAGUGAAGUUGGGAGUGUGGAGGGACAUGCCCCUAACGAUGACCGAAAUCUAGAGACGCUAUUGGACGAAAAGGAGAGCUGGCCCAACAGCUGUUUUGGUCACUCUCCCAGAAGCUUCUUACCUCCUUGCUCAAAUCCCUGCAAUGGUCAGCUGUGUGCAGGAAGUGCAGGAAGUGCAGAAUUCAACAUUAACAUAAACGACCGUAACAAACGAGUGGACUCUACAAAAGUAUAACGGACAGAAAAUGAUUUUACUGUGUGCUAAAUUUAAGCGAAAGAGGGAAAAAAAUGACGACACAUCGAUACUGAAAGAGGAAACUUAAUUAAUGUUUGCAAGCCAUAAUUCGUUUGUUGCGUGUCCGUCCUCCACUCUAACCACUGGGAUCGUGACGUCCGGCAGAGCAACGGGCCGAGCUCCCGCGGCAUUGUUCAUCGCGACUUGAGGACUGCUUUCGACGUGCGGGUGGUACGGAACGCCAAAUGCACCGGUCGGAGAUGCGCUGCAGGCUGCCAUACCAAAGGAGGCAUGUUUUUGGUGCGGGCCAACGGGUGGUUGUGUUGUGGGGCGACCGGAAGGGGGGAGGCACUAAUGAGCCCGAGGUAUUUUUAGGAAGUGGCGCUCCUUGUUGCGUCCUGCCAGCAUCGCUUGUUUAGAGGAUGACCCCGGAAGAGAGUUGGCCGUCCUCCCCAGACACGGGGCAAGACGCCUGACAUGAAGUCUCGUACCUACACGGUCAUCAUGCAGGAGCAGGCACUCAACAAAGAUCAGGCGGAGUUGCGCCGCAAGCUGGCCGACAAGGCCAAGUCUGGGGACCUCCAGUCGGUGCCUUCCAAUGGGGAGGCAGUCAAGCAGGCGGCCCCCGCCAAGCGUAGGCGCUGGGACCAGUCUGGCGAGGAGACGCCCCAGGCAGCAAAGAAGAAGUCGAGCUGGGACGCUGCGGAGUCGUCCCAGACGCCGUCCCAGAUCCGCUGGGACGAGACCCCCGGCCGGGCCAAGGGCUCGGAGACGCCCGGGGCCACCCCCGGCUACUCGAGCAGCCGCAUGUGGGAGCCCACGCCAGCGCACGCCUCCACCCCCGGCCACGCCACCCCCGGCCACGAGACGCCGGGGGGCAGCCAGAAGGGGGGCGGGGCACCGGGGACCCCCAGCGCCAGGCGCAAUCGCUGGGACGAGACCCCCAAGACAGAGAGGGAGACCCCCGGGCACGGAAGCGGCUGGGCGGAGACGCCCCGCACGGACCGCACGGGGGGCGCGGAUCUGAUCCAGGACACGCCCACGCCCAGUGCCUCCAAGCGUCGGUCCCGCUGGGACGAGACCCCCUCGUCGCAGAUGGGCAGCCAGACCCCCCAGACACCCUCCUCCAUGACCCCCACCUCGGUCAUGACCCCGUCGGGGGUGACCCCCACAGGGGCCAAGGCCAUGGCCAUGGCCACCCCGACCCCGGGGCACCUCAUGGCAAUGACGCCCGAACAGCUGCAGGCCUACCGGUGGGAGCGCGAGAUUGACGAGCGCAACCGCCCCCUGACGGAUGAAGAGCUGGACGCCAUGUUCCCGCCAGGCUACAAGGUGCUCCAACCGCCGGCGGGCUACAUCCCUAUCCGCACGCCGGCCCGCAAGCUGACUGCCACCCCGACGCCUCUAGGCGGAACGACGGGUAUGCCUGGCGGAGGCCCCGGCUUCUUCUUCCAGAAGGAGGAGCCCGUCAAGAUGGCCGACAGCCAGCCCAAGGGCAACCUGCCCCCGCUGAAGCCCGAGGACCUGCAGUACUUCGACAAGCUGCUAGCCGAAGUGGACGAGGAGCUGCUCAGCCCCGAAGAGCAGAAGGAGCGCAAGAUCAUGAAGCUCCUGCUGAAGAUCAAGAAUGGGACGCCGCCCAUGCGCAAGGCAGCCCUCCGCCAGAUCACGGACAAGGCGCGGGAGCUCGGGGCAGGGGCCCUCUUCAACCAGAUCCUGCCCCUGCUCAUGUCCCCGACCCUUGAAGACCAGGAGCGCCACCUCCUGGUCAAGGUCAUCGACCGGGUCCUUUACAAGUUGGACGACCUGGUGCGACCCUACGUCCACAAGAUCCUCGUAGUCAUUGAGCCCCUGCUCAUUGACGAGGACUACUACGCCCGCGUGGAGGGCCGCGAGAUCAUCUCCAACCUGGCCAAGGCGGCCGGCCUGGCCACCAUGAUCUCGACCAUGCGGCCGGACAUUGACAACAUCGACGAGUAUGUGCGCAACACGACGGCCCGUGCCUUCGCCGUGGUGGCUUCGGCGCUGGGCAUCCCGGCCCUGCUGCCGUUCCUCAAGGCGGUCUGCCGCAGCAAAAAGUCGUGGCAGGCCCGCCACACGGGCAUCAAGAUCGUCCAGCAGAUCGCCAUCCUCAUGGGCUGUGCCAUCUUGCCUCACCUGCGCGCCCUGGUGGAGAUCAUCGAGCACGGGCUGGUGGACGAGCAGCAGAAGGUGCGCACCAUCACGGCUUUGGCGCUGGCCGCGCUUGCGGAGGCGGCCACGCCCUACGGCAUCGAGUCGUUCGAUUCGGUGCUCAAGCCCCUCUGGAAGGGCAUCCGCACGCACAGGGGUAAGGGCCUGGCGGCCUUCCUCAAGGCUAUCGGCUACCUGAUCCCGCUGAUGGACGCCGAAUACGCCAACUACUACACGAGGGAAGUGAUGCUCAUCCUGAUCCGAGAGUUUCAGUCUCCAGACGAGGAGAUGAAGAAGAUUGUGCUGAAGGUGGUGAAGCAAUGUUGUGCCACGGACGGUGUGGAGCCUCAGUACAUCAAGGAGGAGGUGCUGCCGCACUUCUUCAAGCAUUUCUGGAACCACCGCAUGGCCCUGGACCGGAGAAACUACCGACAGUUGGUGGACACAACGGUGGAGAUCGCCAACAAAGUGGGAGCGGCAGAAAUAGUGAACCGAGUGGUGGACGACCUGAAGGAUGAGAACGAGCAGUACCGCAAGAUGGUCAUGGAGACCAUAGAGAAGAUCCUGGGCAACCUGGGGGCCACCGACAUUGACUCGCGGCUGGAGGAGCAGCUCAUCGACGGCAUCCUCUACGCCUACCAGGAACAGACCACUGAGGACAUGGUGAUGCUGAAUGGUUUCGGCACCAUAGUGAACGCCUUGGGCAAGCGCGUGAAGGCGUACCUGCCCCAGAUCUGCGGCACCAUCCUGUGGCGGCUGAACAACAAGUCGGCCAAGGUGCGCCAGCAGGCGGCGGACCUCAUCUCCCGCAUUGCGGUGGUCAUGAAGACCUGCCAGGAGGAGAAGCUCAUGGGCCACUUGGGGGUUGUGCUCUACGAGUACCUGGGAGAAGAGUACCCCGAGGUCCUGGGCUCCAUCCUGGGGGCCCUGAAGGGCAUCGUCAACGUCAUCGGCAUGCACAAGAUGACGCCCCCCAUCAAGGACCUGCUGCCCCGGCUCACCCCCAUUCUCAAGAACAGGCACGAGAAGGUGCAAGAGAACUGCAUCGACCUGGUGGGGCGUAUCGCCGACCGUGGCGCCGAGUACGUGCCGGCCCGGGAGUGGAUGCGCAUCUGCUUCGAGUUGCUGGAGCUGCUCAAGGCCCACAAGAAGGCCAUCCGGCGAGCGACCGUGAACACCUUCGGCUACAUCGCCAAGGCCAUCGGGCCCCACGACGUGUUGGCCACCCUGCUGAACAACCUGCGGGUACAGGAGCGCCAGAACCGGGUGUGCACCACGGUGGCCAUCGCCAUCGUGGCCGAGACGUGCUCCCCGUUCACGGUGCUGCCGGCCCUGAUGAACGAGUACCGUGUGCCCGAGCUGAACGUCCAGAACGGGGUGCUCAAGUCACUCUCGUUCCUCUUCGAGUACAUCGGGGAGAUGGGCCGCGACUACAUCUACGCCGUCACCCCCCUGCUCGAGGACGCCCUCAUGGAUAGGGACCUGGUCCACCGGCAGACGGCAUGUGCGGCCAUCCAGCACAUGUCCCUUGGGGUGUAUGGGUUCGGCUGCGAGGAUGCCCUGGUGCACCUGCUCAACUACGUCUGGCCCAACAUCUUUGAGACCUCCCCCCACCUGGUGCAGGCUUUCAUGGGGGCCGUCGAGGGCCUCAGGCUGGCUCUGGGGCCAGUCAAGAUACUUCAGUACUGCCUGCAGGGCCUGUUUCAUCCGGCACGCAAAGUGCGCGACGUGUACUGGAAGAUCUACAACAGCCUGUACAUCGGGGGACAGGACGCCCUGGUGGCCGGCUAUGCGCGGGUGGCCGACGACGGACGCAACAACUUUGUGCGCCAGGAGUUGGACUACAUCCUCUGACCGCCUUUCCCCAGUUUGUGUGUGUUCCCUUUCCCGUUGCGUCCGAGUGAGUUAUCAAUAAAUGUACCUACUUGAAAGA